AUGCAGACCUUUGGUGCUUUCCUCGUUUCUUUCCUCGCCGCUAGCGGCCUGGCUGCUGCUCUCCCCGCCGAGGGACAGCAGAAGACCAUCUCCGUCCCGGUCAAGUACAACGCCAACCACGCUCCUCACGGACCUACCGAGCUCUUCAAGGCCAAGAGAAAGUUCGGCGCUCCCAUCAGCGAGAACCUCAAGAACAGGGUUGCCGAGCACAAGGCUGCCAAGCUCGCCAGACGCCAGACCGGCUCUGCCCCCAACCACCCCAGCGACUCUGAGGAUGAUGAGUACAUCACCAACGUCUCCAUUGGUACUCCUGCUCAGGUCCUCCCUCUGGACUUUGACACUGGCUCUUCCGAUCUGUGGGUCUUCAGCUCCGAGACUCCCUCAUCUUCGGCCCGUGGCCACACCAUCUACACCCCCUCCAAGUCUUCUACCUCCAAGAAGGUCUCUGGAGCCAGCUGGUCCAUCACCUAUGGUGACAACAGCAGCUCCAGCGGUGACGUUUACACCGACACCGUCAGCAUCGGAGGCUUCUCCGUCACUGGCCAGGCCGUCGAGUCUGCCACCAAGGUCUCCAGCCAGUUUGUCCAGGAUACCUCCAACUCUGGCCUCGUUGGUCUUGCCCUUGACAGCGGCAACACUGUCAAGCCCACCAAGCAGAAGACCUGGUUCUCCAACGCCUCUUCUCACCUGGCUUCGCCCGUCUUCACUGCUGACCUGAACCACCAAGCUGACGGCAGCUACAACUUUGGUUUCAUUGACACCAGCCUCGCCUCUGGCCCCAUCACCUACGUUCCCAUCAGCACCGGCAACGGCUUCUGGGAGUUCACCUCCUCAAGCUAUGCUAUCGGCGGUGGCUCAUCCAAGAAGCACUCCACUGACGGCAUUGCUGACACUGGCACCACCCUGCUCCUCCUCGACGACACCAUUGUCGAUGCCUACUACAACCAGGUCCAGUCUGCUCAGUACGACGACUCACAGGAAGGUUACACCUUUGACUGCUCUGAGGACCUUCCCUCAUUCUCCUUCGCUGUUGGAAGCUCCACCAUCACCGUCCCCGGUAGCUUGAUCAACUUUGCUCCCGUCGAUGGCAACACUUGCUUCGGUGGUCUCCAGAGCGAUGAUGGCAUUGGCAUCAGCAUCUUCGGUGACGUUGCCAUCAAGGCUGCCCUGGUUGUCUUUGACCUUGGCAACAAGCGCCUGGGCUGGGCUCAGAAAUAA